AUGCGCGCGUGGGGGCCGCGGGGAAAGCGGACGCGCGACGGACCCACCCCCGGCCAGCGCGAGGGCCUCCCCCGCCAGGACGCCACGCGUCUCUACCUCGCGCUCUGCCAACGCAUCACCACCGAGCUCGCCGUGGAUGAGCGGCGACGACUGCUCGUCCUCGCCUGCACUAACGCCGUCGUCUCCGCGCACGACCUUAGCACCUUGACGACGGGCGCCGAGUGGGCGGGCUGCGUCGAGCUCGUCAUGGGGAUCUUGCAGCAGACGACUCAGGCGACUCUCAAGAUUAGCGACCCCUUUGCUCGACAGAAAAAGUCCGCGGAAAACGUCUCGGAGGACGACACCAUCAAGGUCCUUCCAAAUUUACAAUGGGAGCUCCCGGAUUUGUACUGGACGGCACUCAUUCUCAUGGCAAAGUUAUGCAAUAUGGAACCCAUUUUAGAUGAGAAGUAUCCCUGGGCGUGGCGCGGCGAGAACGAUGACUUUUAUAGGUACCGGCAAAAGGAAAGUGCGGCACUGACAAAGGCCUUUUUUUCCGGACAACAAAAGGUUCCUUUUCAGAGGAAUGGGCACACGGUGGAUCUAUCCAACAUGACCGAUUUGCGCUCCCAUAGUGGCAUUAUGACAUGGAUCCAUUUUCAGUGUAUCCCAAGCAAGUACCGAUACAAGAACUCAUUUAAAAAUGUCGGAAAACAACUUACAGAGCGCCUCCGGAAAUACUCCAGAUUUACAGAACUAAAGAAAAUCUUACAAACGUCAUCCUUUGGAAGUAAUGAGGCUUCGCAGCUCUGUAAGAUGAUUUACUUGCAUGUGGUGUGCCAUGACACACCAUCGAACUCCGAGGACGCCAAACAUGCCUUCCGAAGCCUCGUCGCGCAGCAGCCGCUUUCCGUCUUGGAGGCGUUUUCCACACAACUCCUCUCUCGUGAUGCGAUGUGGGCACCAAUUCUACUUGAAUCCGGCAUCGCCGAUGCCCUGACGGAGCUCCCUAUGGAAAACCAUACCAGCAUAGCGCGCAUGCGAACACGACAUGGGCUCAUUGAAGGACCGCGCGAUGCUCAGCGGUCUUUAGUUCAGAAGCAUUCGCGCGAACCCCACUCGGCGACGCGUUCACCACCUUUUAAAAUCUCUCCCGUUGCGGAGGCUAUUCGAAAAACCAGCAACCGAGUUUCACUUUCGCAAACGAGCAUCUCCGAUGUUGCUCUUCCGUGUUCCAUGACCUCUAUUAUUGAUUUUAUGCAGCACGCCUCGUGUCGUGAGUUAAUAUCAUGGCUGAAAAUCUGUCAUCCUCAGUCCUCAACCAACCUAGGCGUGUUUGAUGAUACCGUGUAUCCACUGAUAGAAAAAUGGCUGAGCGAGAACCCCAAGGAGCGGAACAAGGUGGGGAUGAUGGUGGCAACGUACACCUAUCAAGAGCUGCAGCAGCUUGCAUUGGAAGGGGUGAACCGAAAGCUUCUUGAGGAGGUCACCGAGGCAAAGGUGAUCACGCUUCCUAUUUGCGCUUCUACACGGCAGAAUAGCUGCUCAAAUGGGCAUACAAUGUACAUUCACUUUAGCACCAACUGGCUGUGUAAUCAGUGCGGGAAGACGACAGCCUACGGGGCCCUAUCCUGUCGUUUGUGCGAUUAUGAUUUAUGCUAUCAAUGCAGUGAGGCAUUCACUGGAUGCGUGAAAGCAAACCCAACGGCAACUGUAGCAGAGCUGCUUUCGAGCUGGAACCGAACUUUAGCCAACGUGAAACAUCACUUAAACGAUGCUGAGAAACCAUCCCUUUUGUUAAAAGAAAAAUCUGACGCCGCGAAGUUGCUCUACACGCAGAUUUCUAUUCUUUCAAUGUCUAUUCCCGUAAGCAGCUUAGUGCGUGAUAAGGACGGAAUUCAUGCAGGAUCGUCGUGCACGACAUGUCGAUGCGAGAUCGCUGUGCCUAAUCGUUAUAUUCAAACUCCUUUUCAGGAGAACAAUGAAGCGCCCUCCGAGAGAAGUGGAAUUUCAAAUAAUGCAUACUGGAAGCUUCUGUUGUUGUGCAGGGAGGAAGUUUCGCAGGAUCCCAGUGUCACCCACGCCCUGAUUGAGGCGGUAGAAUCUUACGCGACAGAUAUCUUUUUAUACGGUAUAGAGGGCCUACCGCAUAGGUUGCGUAUGAUAAUGAUCUCAUUAGAGCGUUCUCUCCCGUUAUCCUUAAAAGUUGAGAUCACACGCUUUCUUUCCGUUGAUUGUCGUCGCUAUGCACUGUAUCACAUUCAAGAAUCCCAUAUAAUGUUGUCAGGAACUGUCAAGGCCGAUGUUGAUAGUAAUGGUCUCCCAUAUAAGCUGACUGUUUCUCGGGGUGAUCUGGAUAAUAUCGUGACGAAGAUUUCUGAAUUUUUUAUCAAAGAGUGUCCUUCUCUUCGAAACAAAUUGGAGAUUCAAUUUGAGCGUGAAGAAGGUACUGGAACUGGCCCUACCCGAGAGUUUUAUUCUGAACUCUCUGCGUUGUAUCGAAACGCAAAAUAUCUGUGGUAUAUGCAAGAUGAAGGGGUAACUUUAGGCUUUCCAUCAUGCAAAGCCCUAUAUUUAAAGGAAUUUUAUGUACUUGGUGUUGUUCUUUCGAGGGCAUUUGUAGACGGUUUUACAAUGGAAGUGCCCCUACUUCCACAGGUUUGGUCUCUUCUUCGAGCGUGUGAUCAGCCAGGUAUCGUUUCGGCGCUGAAUAAUAUAUUAAAAUUCCUAGAGCCUGCCAUGAUGAGCUCGUACGAUUAUCUUUUAAAGGCCACCAAAGAAGAAAUUGAUGCCAUGGAAUUAUACGAUGAGAAAGAUCAGCAGGUAAGAAUUGAUACCAUUCAAACAUACAUAUCACAAAGAAUAGCGCAACAUUUCGAAGUCGGUCGUCAAAACCUCCACGCGAUGGCGGUGGGUUUGCUGAGCUCCAUCGACCUGAGCUCGUUUGCAAUUUUAUCCGACGAGGAGCUCACCGCGCUUCUUUGUGGGGAGGAUCUUGGAAAGGAAAAGGGAAGGUUGUUUUCAGAAUCUGAGUUCCGCGCCGUCGUUAUGGAGGCUCACGGCUACUCUGUGGGUGCAAAAGAGGUAGAAAUGUUUAUUUCUAUUGUAGGCGCCGAAUUUGAUGCGACGCAGCAGGGCCUGUUUUUGGAAUUUCUUACAGGAAGUGCGCGUUUACCCUUGAAUGGCAUAGUAGGGUUGGAGAGAAAGAUAACAGUGGUAAAGAAGCCUUUUGAAAGUAAAGAUGAGCAGACUCUGCCAUCAUGCAAUACAUGCUUUCUUUACUUCAAACUUCCACCGUACACCACCAGGGAAGUUAUGCGAAAGCGCCUGUUGUAUGCGAUAACAGAGGGGCGUAAGAAUUUUAGUCUUUCAUGA